AUGCUGGCUACCCGCCGCGCACGCAGCUUACGUACCUACGGGAACGAACCGCUUGUUCCAGAAGAAAACGACAAAGCCACGGUCAUCGCUUUGCGAGAGAUUGCCGAGGGUCUGAUCUCCCAUGAAAUGCUUGACAGUCAGGAAGUGUCCCAAGAGGAUGAAGACGUAGAAGUCAGCUUCGACUUCAGUCAAAGCUUCAGGGAGAACAGGCAGCUGGAAGAGGCUGCUAAACGCCCCGAAGUUGCCGCACCAGCGACCAUCGUGUCGCUGACCAAACGCAUUUCCUACCUGACACCUGAACAGAUCGCAGAUGUGCGACGCGCUCACGCCUAUGCGCAAACCGCCCACAAAGGUCAGUGGCGGCGCACCGGUCACCCCUACAUUACGCACCCAACGGCGGUCGCACAGAUCCUUGCUGAAAUGCGUAUGGAUCACCAAACCCUGAUGGCGGCGCUGCUGCACGAUGUCAUCGAAGACUCGGACGCCAACAAGUCAACGCUACGGGACGAGUUUGGCCGCGCGGUUGCGGAGAUUGUCGACGGCGUUUCCAAACUGACCAAGAUCUUCUCGUCUCGCGCAGAAGCGCAGGCAGAGAACUUUCAGAAAAUGGCGCUGGCCAUGGCAAAAGACAUUCGCGUGAUCAUGGUGAAAAUGGCGGACCGGCUGCAUAACAUGCGCACCAUUGGUGUCAUGUCAGCCCAGCAGCGCAAGCGCAUCGCCAGAGAGACGCUGGAUUUUUAUGCCCCCAUCGCCAAUCGUCUGGGCAUCAACACGAUAAAGAUGGAACUCGAAGAGCUCGGCUUCAAAGCGUUAUACCCGCUGCGCGCUGAUCGCAUUGAACGAGCGGUGGCAAGCGCCCGCGGCAAUCGCAAAGAAUUAAUGGAAGAGAUAGCUUCCACCAUGACCGCCGCGCUGAAUCGCGAUGGCAUCGACGCAAAAGUCAUCAGCCGUGAAAAACACCUGUAUUCCAUUUAUCGGAAAAUGAAAAGCCAGCAGAAAUCGUUUAAUGAAAUCAUGGACGUAUUCGGCUUCAGGAUUGUGGUUGACCGUGUGGAUGCCUGUUACCGAACCCUGGGCGUAGUUCACAAUCUGUUCAGCCCUGUUGCAGGUCGAUUCAAAGACUAUAUUGCCAUUCCAAAAGCUAACGGUUAUCAGUCUCUGCAUACUUCUUUAUUUGGUAUGCAUGGCGUGCCCAUCGAAGUACAGAUCCGCACCAAACAAAUGGAAGCCGUUGCUGAAACAGGCAUUGCCGGCCACUGGCUGUAUAAGUCUGGAGAAAGCGACUUUGAACCCAGCCAGCGCCGUGCCCGUCAAUGGGCUCAGGAUCUGCUGGAAUUGCAAAGGCAGGCGGGCAAUCCAUUGGAGUUUAUCGAAAGCCUGAAGCUCGAUUUGUUUCCCGACGAAGUUUACGUAUUUACACCCAAGGGUGAAAUCAUGGAACUGCCCAGUGGCGCGUGUCCCAUCGAUUUUGCCUACAUGGUGCAUACAGAUAUCGGCAACAGCUGCGUGGCAUGCCGUAUCGAUCGCAAUCUGGCGCCCCUGUCGCAACAGCUUCAAAGCGGCCAGAGUGUUGAAAUCAUCACCUCUACCGAUGCGCGGGUAAAUCCUGACUGGCUGACUUUUGUGGUGACCUCCCGGGCACGCUCAGCCAUUCGUGUCGCGCUGAAACAACAGCAGAGCGGCGAGUCCAUCGCUCUCGGCCGAAAGCUGCUGAACCGCGCCCUGGGCAACGCCAACAUGAGCAUCAACGACCUCGACUUCAGGCGUCUGCGCAAAGUAUUCACCGAUAUGGGGGUGCGCAAACUGAAUGACUUGUUAACUGCCAUCGGCAACGGUGAGUUAAUGGCCUAUGUCGCAGCACAGAAACUGCUGGCAGCUGACAACCCGGACUAUGAAGCCGUCACCGUUGAAGGCGGCGGGCCGGUAUCCAUUCGCGGCGGCGAAGGUCUGGUCAUUCACUACGGCCGUUGCUGCGGACCGGUCCCGGGCGAUCAGAUCGUAGGCCAUAUGACACCCGGCAAAGGUUUUGUGGUACACAUCGAAACCUGCGCCAACAUAAGCGAGAUCAGACGCCGUGCGGCGCGCGAAAUAAUUCCGGCAAGGUGGGAAAAGGUCACCGAGGGUGAGUUCCGAACCACUUUGGUUCUCAACGUCAAUCGGCGUAAAGGCAUCCUGGCUGAAGUCGCCGCGGAAGUAUCCGCAGCUGAUGCCGGCGUUGAAAACAUCAGCGUGGAAGAACGUAACGCUGAGAUCAGUACCCUGGCAAUCGGCAUCACGGUAAAAAACCGCUCACAUCUGGCGCGGGUCAUGCGCCGUUUGCACAAUGUUCAGGCCGCCGACGGCAGUCUUUCCGACUGCGUGAAAUUAACUAUCUAUCUCACGGAUCUUGGCAAUUUCGCAGAGGUGAACGAGGUGAUGGCCAGCUUUUUUGACGGGGUGGGUCCAAAGCUAGAAGCCACCCUGGCCAAGCUCGGCAUCUUUCGUCUGCUUGAUCUGCUGUUGCACCUGCCCAGCCGGUAUCAGGACCGCUCCAAAAUUACACCCAUUGCCAGCAUUGCACCGGGUGAGGAAUGUCUGAUCGAAGGAUCGGUUGUUGCCUCCAAUAUACAAUUUGGUAAGCGCCGCAGUUUAAAAGUCACCAUAAGAGACGACAGCGGUGAAGUUCAGUUGCGUUUUUUUCAUUUUUCCAGAUAUCAGCAAACAGCUCUGGAACAGGCUCAGUCGCUGCGAGUUUAUGGAGAAUUCCGCUUUUUCGGGCGCGAACUGACCGCGGUGCAUCCGGACUACGAAGUGUUUGACCAUGACCCGCCGCCGCUGAGUCAGACCCUGACACCUAUCUAUCCAACCACAGCGGGAUUGGGCCAGGGUCGGUUACGCAAUCUGAUAGCCAGUUUGUGCAGGCUCGAGUGGCCGGAUAUCGCCGGCACGCCGUUCAGCAAACUGCAGUUUUUACAUCAGCCGCCAGCGGGCACCGCGUUACACGAAAUUGAGGCGGUGCAGGAAGAUAUUGCUUUUGAUGAGUUGUGUGCCUACUACCUGGUGAUGAAAGGUCGUGCACUCAAGCGCCAGCAGGAGAGCGCCAUUGCAUUGGGCCAGGCAACCGGUCUCGGUCGUAUGCUGCUGCAGAACCUGGGUUUCCGGCUCACCAGAGCGCAGGCAAAGGUGGUCAAAGAAGUAUUAACCGAUCUGGAAAAGCCGGUGCCCAUGCUACGUCUGGUACAGGGCGAUGUAGGCUCAGGCAAGACAGUUAUAGCGGCGUUUGCGGCGAUACGCGCAGCAGAACACAACAGCCAGACCGCUUUGAUGGCACCUACUGAGCUGCUCGCAGAACAACAUUAUUUGAAUUUUUCCGCCUGGCUGUCACCGCUGAACAUACGUGUUGUGCUGUUAACCGGGCAGCUUCCAGCGAAAGUGCAGAAAGAGCGGCUGGCUGACAUUGCGUCCGGUGAUGCCCAGGUGGUCAUCGGCACACACGCCCUGUUUCAACGCGCGGUGACAUUUGACCGGCUGGCCCUUUCGAUCAUUGAUGAGCAGCAUCGGUUUGGCGUGCAUCAACGUAUGGCGCUGCAGAACAAAGCUGCAAACGGCAGACAACCACACCAGCUGGUCAUGACCGCGACCCCUAUACCACGCACCUUAACCAUGGCGUUGUAUGCGGAUAUGGACGUUUCCGUCAUCGAUGAACUACCCAAGGGGCGCCAACCCAUCACAACCCACACCGUUGAGGCGAGCAAACGCGGCCAGGUUGUGGAGCAGGUGGCCAGAGCCUUAAGCCAGGGACAGCAGGCAUAUUGGGUGUGUACGUUGAUCGAAGAUUCGGAUGACCUGGACGCAGUUUCUGCCGAACACAUGUAUCAGGCCCUGACCGAAGCUUUACCCGCAUUUCGUGUCGGGCUGCUGCACGGGCGGAUGAAAAGCGAUGAAAAAAUUUCUGUCAUGCAGGCCUUUAAAGCUCACCAACUUAACCUGCUGGUGGCCACCACUGUAGUUGAAGUGGGUGUCGAUGUGCCGAAUGCAACGCUGAUGGUGAUGGAAGAUGCAGACCGCCUGGGUCUGGCUCAACUGCACCAGCUCAGAGGCCGGGUAGGGCGCGGCAGCCUGGCCAGCCACUGUUAUCUGCUGUUCAGCCAGGGAUUAAGCAAAGCUGCUAAAACCCGUUUAACCGCCAUGCGUGAAAGCCAGGACGGAUUCUAUCUGGCAGAACAGGACCUCAAACUGCGCGGUCCUGGCGAUAUUCUUGGGACACGACAGGCCGGUGAACAGAGCUUUCGUGUUGCUGACCUGGGUUUACAUGCUCAUCUGAUGCCCAGGGUAAUCCGCAGUUGUGAUGCGCUUCUGCAGGCGUCUGCCGGUUCAUCCGACGCCGAAAAAAUGACGCAGCUGCUCGCUGCCUGGGCACCGGCUGACUCCGGACAUCUCAACGUGUGA